CAAUCCACUGAGCUUCUUGCCAUAGCUAUAGCGGACAUUUUGGUUGAACACGAAUUGUUCGUGAACAAUUGGAAUGAUAUUUGCACCCGUAUACUAGCUUCAGAUUCAAAAAAGUCAAAACUCAGGAUCAUUCAAAUAGCAGUUCACGUUGCCUUAAGAUAUGGAGGCUCUGUCGCUGUAGUUAAAGCAGCACUUAACGAUCUCGUCAUUGAGCUAAUAAGAAAUCAAAUGCAGAAUCCUCGUCUUGGUUUAUUUAAGGAUACGUCUAAUCUAAUUUUUGAUCUGCUCAAUAACGUAUCUUCCUGGAAUACGAGCAAGAAUAUGCUAGCACGCCCAUGUGAGAUACAGAAAGGCUCAGGUGAUAUUGUCUGCUUUUCGGGACAAGCAAGUGCAGUGAUAUCGCCCUCUUUGUUAUUGGAAAUUUUUGUGAACUCGUCUCCGCUAUUUGAUGUCGACCUCUCGCCUUCCUCUCCCAAGCUAUGCCAGGUAUUGGUAUUAGAGACUAAUUUAACCUAUGUUCUUGUAAGCUCAAUAACUUACAUAUUUUUUGCUUGUGUUGCAGAAAUUAUGUGA